AAGAGAGAUAGCUAGAGAGGAAAGCUCGAUCUGGGAAAAGGAUCGAGAGAUAUAGUAGCUAGUGAGCCAAGAAAGUAAAGAGAUGUCUCGUUUCGUUGAUCCGCUGGUGGUGGGGCGGGUGAUCGGGGAAGUGGUGGACUUGUUCGUGCCGUCGGUGGCCAUGGCUGUGGCCUACGGGCCAAAGGACAUCAGCAACGGCUGCCACAUCAAGCCCUCCAUGGCCGCCGCCCAGCCGCUCGUGCGCAUCUCCGGCCGCCGCAACGACCUCUACACCCUCGUGAUGACGGAUCCGGACGCGCCUAGCCCUAGCGACCCGACCAUGAGGGAGUAUCUCCACUGGAUAGUGGUUAACAUACCCGGCGGAACCGACGCGACUAAAGGUGAUACGGUGGUGCCAUACAUGGGCCCAGCGCCGCCGGUGGGGAUCCACCGGUACGUGCUGGUGCUGUUCGAGCAGAAGACGCGCGCCGUCGACGGCAUGACGGCGGCGCCCGCCGACCGGGCCUACUUCAGCACCCGGGCCUUCGCCGCGGCCCACGACCUCGGCCUCCCCGUCGCCGUCGUCUACUUCAACUCCCAGAAGGAGCCCGCGCACAACCGCCGCCGCUAAAUUGACAAGCUCGAGAGGAUCGAUCACUAUAGCUAGCUAGGUCUUUUGAUAUGUCCCGGCGAUCGAAUAACAAGUAAACCUAGUACACAGACAGCAUAAGUACUACUGCACUCACACCUAGAGU